AUGCGAGAUGAGAGUGGCUGGGCGAGAGUGGCUGGGGAGGGCGGUUCGUCAGCAAAGGACCAUGUUACCAGAUCACCGAGAGCUGGAAGUAACUUUGAACCAAAGUAUAGAUUUGAGAGAUGUGAAAAAGUGAAAGGAAUAUGUAAAACGUUUUGUGAUGACGAUGAGUAUGAUUAUGGAUACUGCAUUAAAUGGAGAAAUCAGUGCUGCAUAUAA